UGACAGUUUAGUUUUGACACAGAUCAUGGAAAAUUGAAAAUCGACAAGGUUACUGAAAGUGAUGCAAUGUUGUGGAAUUCCUAAAAUUAUAUAAUUAUUUAAUUUUAUAUAAGGUUAAGUGUUGUAAUCUUUGAAUCUCAAAAUGGAUCCACAAAGAAUUUUCGAAUACAAAGAUGAGUCUCAAGCACAAAGACUAGCCCGGAAAUCAAAAGAUUCUCCAUUCAUGAUUCUUGGCAUUAUGGGGUUGAUUGGUGUAUGUGGAGUUGGUGCAUACAAAUAUAAGACCAGAGGCAAAAUGAGCACAAGUGUAUUCCUAAUGCAGCUUCGUGUGGCCGCCCAAGGAACUGCAGUAGCAGCUCUCACCUUAGGGCUUGGGUAUCAACUAGUAGACAAAUACUUGUUAAAAUCUAACAAGAAAGAACAAUAAUGUUCAGCUAGAUGAAAUUAGACAUUGCAAAUGAAAAUUUUAUUACACAAUACACAGUAUUUGAAGCUUACACAUGGGUAAUUCUCGAAUAUGAUCAGAAUGAUUAUGCACACAAAACAAUAGCCAGGUCAAAACAACUGAUAUAAUGAUCAUACAGCAAAUGAGUAUAUUAUUGUUGUAUGUUGUCAUGAGCUGUACUGUGGGGGUAGUUAAUGCCAAUGACUGUGGCUAUAGGAAUAAGUUAAUACUAAUUUAAUUUAGCUGUUAGUUUUGUGUUCUGUGAUUUUAGCUGAUAUUCUAAUACAGUUUGGUCUAUGACAAUUGUAAUAUUUAUUUUUUGACAUUUCCAUUUGUAACCUUU